AUGGGCUUUGGUUGUUUCGUAGGCAUUACUGGGCAGGACGGGUCGUAUCUGACUGAGUUUCUGCUGGACAAGGGGUACGAGGUGCACGGCAUCAUCCGUCGUUCUUCGAGCUUUAACACUGGGCGGCUGCACCACCUAUACGAAGACCAGCAUGAACGUCCGAUAAAGUUCAAGCUCCAUUAUGGUGACCUAAGCGAUAGCACCAACCUCGUGUACAUCAUCGCCCAGGUCCAGCCUACGGAGAUCUACAAUCUCGGUGCGCAAUCACACGUUAAAGUCUCUUUCGAGAUGGCAGAAUACACAGGGGACGUCGACGGGCUAGGCACCCUCCGCCUCCUCGACGCUAUCCGUACAUGCGGGUUGGAGAAACAUGUUCGGUUUUAUCAAGCUUCGACGUCAGAGCUGUACGGCAAGGUCGUGGAGACGCCUCAGAGCGAAACGACGCCUUUCUACCCCCGCUCUCCAUAUGGCUGUGCGAAAUUGUACGCUUAUUGGAUUGUGGUGAAUUAUAGAGAGGCAUAUGGGAUGUAUGCGUGUAAUGGGAUUUUGUUCAAUCAUGAGAGUCCGAGGAGGGGACGGACGUUUGUGACGAGGAAGAUUACGAGGGCUGCUGCGGAUAUUUCGCUGGGGAAGCAGGCGUGUUUGUAUUUGGGGAACUUGGAUGCGCGUCGUGAUUGGGGCCAUGCUCGUGAUUAUGUAGAGGGGAUGUGGUUGAUGCUGCAGCAGCCCGCCCCUGAGGACUUUGUUCUCGCCACGGGAGAGACUCACCCCGUCCGUGAAUUUGUGGAGAAAUCGUUCACUGAAGUGGGGAUUGAGCUCAAGUGGGAAGGAACGGGAGAGGAGGAACACGCGAUCGACGUCAAGACGGGGAAGAGCGUCGUUAAAGUCGACUCUAGAUAUUUCCGUCCCGCCGAAGUCGAGCUCUUGCUCGGCAACCCGGCAAAAGCAGAGCGCGUUCUCGGAUGGAAGCGGAAAGUGGACUUUGACUCUCUCGUUCAUGAGAUGGUGCAAGCUGACCUCAAGGCUGCUGGUAGUUUGGUUGAGGAUCAGAACUAAGUAUUAGCUCGUUUGAACUUUUCUUUCUCUCGUUGGACUUGGAACUGGAACUGGAACUGGACAUGGUUUUCUCCUCUCGAACGAAAUGUACAAAGUACAUAUUGGACAGCUGUAUUUCGAACGAUUGACUGUGUACUUUACUUACUCUACCCCGUAGCACGUCGGGAAAUUCUAUUUCUCGGCCGGGUUCGGCCUGCUCUCC